AUGAAUUAUACAAAAAUAUUAACGACUUCAAUUGCGUUGCUUUUGUUGCUGGUUUUAUGCAUUCAAAAUGAUAACAUAAACUCAAAAUUCUUAAAAUUAUAUCAUAAGGAUUAAAAUCUCAUUACAGGCAAAGUAGUAUCACAAUAUGGAUAAGGAAUCCCUGCAAAAUUAGAAAUUAAGAUUGAAAAUAAUAAGCAAUCAAUUGAAUCUAAUAAGGAAGGCAUUUUCACAUUUAGUUAUGCAGAAGGGAAGCUAAAUUAACAAUACAGUGUUUCAAUAUCUAUAACAGAACUUAGUUUAGGCUAUGUGUAUAGUAAUCCAAUUGCAUAAUUAAAUGUUGUCCUCAAAGAUAAAGUCUAAUUACCCAAUGUUAUCCUGAAUGAAGGAGGGUAUGGAGCUCUUGUGAUCAAGGGAUCAUUUAAUGAGAAAUUGAGUGAUACUCAUCUUUCAUUAAUUAUAGAAGAAGAGAAAUAAUAACUCUAAACUAAUGCAAUAACAACAUCAACAGGGCAAUUUGAAUUUCAUAUUUUCGGAAUCAAAUCACUACCAAAAAGUGCCCUUCUAUCAGUAUUGGAUAAUAACGAAUAGUUUGAACCAAUCCAAUCUCUGCCAAUCAAACUAGAAGGUCCAGCUUCAAUAAUAUAAUUGAAAUAAAUAGAAUUAUAAUCGUCUAAAUGUAAUAAAUUAAAAGAGUAUUUAGCUUGCAGAUUAAAAGGAUGCAAAUCAUGUGUCCCAAAUAAUUAAAAAUGUUAAGAAUGCUUUUUUGGUUAUAAAUUAGAUAAUAAUCAACUUUGCAAAUUUGGCAAUUUCAAAGGAGUUGGGAUUGCUAAUUUCCAAUUCCAAAACUUUGGCCCAAUGACGAAAAUAAUAGGGACCUUAUUAAAUUAAGAAUUUAAACCAGUUACAAAUACAUUAGUUUGUAUAAAAACAGACUCAUUGUGUGUGGCCACUGGAGGUAGUAAUCGUUUUGGUAAUGAUUUGAUAAUAUCAAAGGUGAUUUUGAAAUAGAAAUAAUAACAUUAAAAUACGGACAAUUAUAAUAUUAAUUUAGUGUAGGUAGUUUCAAAAAAGAGAUAAUAUUAUAUGGAAAUGAAUACGUUUUGA